AUGAAUACUGUUUCCUCUCCUUUUGAAAAGCACUUGGAGAUGGAGAACAAGCAGGAUGCUUUUAUUCAGCAUUCUGCAAUGUCAAUUCCUACUGACCUAGAAGCCAAUGACCAUGUUUUGAACUCUCCUCCGUCAGAGGAAGAGGAACUCAAUCCUGAAGAAAAGAAAAGGUUAAGAAGACUUCGUCUUAAGAGCGAUAUCCGUAUUAUACCUUGUCUUUGGAUCCUUUACUUUCUAGCUUGUUGCUUACGUUCUUCCGUUUCGCUUUCUUUUACCAUGAACACCAAACAGGGCCAUAAUCUCAUUCAAACAUUACCUGGUUAUACCCCUCAUCUUCUGUCUCUAGGCCUCGCUCUUUUCUAUGUUGGAUAUGUUAUUUUCGAGGUUCCUUCCAACUUGAUGAUGGUUUUUGUUGAACCCUCUGUUUGGGUCGCCCGUAUUCAGUUUACCAUUGGUGUCGUGGGUUUGUGUCACGCAGUCUUGGGAACCAAACAUGGUAACGCAAAGUCUUAUGUCGCUUUGCGUUUCUUUUUAGGCGUUGCAGAGUCGGGCUUAUGGCCAGGGUUGGCUUAUUACAUGAGUCGUUGGUACAAGGGUGAGCAUUUGGGUAAGCGAAUCGGAUGGUAUUAUACGGCUGCCCAAAUUGGUGCGGCUGUUGUUAGUCUGGUUUCCGCUGGCUUUCAGAAAAUGGAUAAUGUUCGCGGACUAUACGGUUAUCAAUGGAUGUUUUUGAUCUGGGGUGUUGUUUCUGUUGCUCAAGCUCUCACUAUUCCUUGGUGGCUACCUGCAGUAGAAAAUUAUCAAAAGAAUGGAAGGGACCUUUUGUCUUAUAUUCCGCUUCCCAAAUGGAUGAAGAAUAUGUCACCGACUCGCAGGCAAUUUCUCAACCAAAGUGAGAAACAUUUACAUCACCGCUAUAUGUUGGACAUGAACGUAGGCAAGAAUUGGAGUUGGAUCGAUUUGCUAAAAUCUUGCUUUGACCUUCGUGUAUGGCCUUUUGUUUUGAUUUACUUCGGUGUUGUAGGCGUCGGUAACGGAAUUUUUGGUUAUUGCACAUUAAUCAUUGAACAAAUCAAUCCUAAAUUCUCAAGUACCACUGUUUCUCUUCUAAAUGCUCCUAUCUGGGUUUGCGACGCUUUGGGAAUUGUUCUAGUCAUGCCUCUCUAUGAUCGCUUCCGUUACAGACUAUCAUUUCUUACUUCAAGCUGUCUAAUUAUUAUUGCUGGUCUGUGCGUUGCCACUUAUGCUCACACACCCUGGUCACGCUAUGGUGGUCUACUGAUGAUCGGUUUUGGUUUAGGACCCACUGUUCCCAUUUGUAUGGCUUGGUGCUCCGAGUUGAUGGUCGUUUCAUACGGUGAUGUUGGUGUUGCUGCAAGCUUGGCCUUAGUAACAGGUGUAGGAAAUUUGGGCUCUGUCGUGACAACCUAUGCGCUCUACUCGGGUUGGCCUGCGGAUACGACGUAUCACAAGAGCAACGAAGUUUGUAUGGGAUUAAUUGGUCUUUCCAUCGUUUCUGGGUUCGUCUUGUGUAUUUUAGAAAAGACGGGAUUUGGACAGUUCCGUGCAAGUUUCUGGGCAACCCAACCUAAAGAGCAGCAACCCACUAUGCACGAGUUACAAACUGAGGAUGAAUCUUCACAUUGA